GUAGCGGCGGCGGCUACGACUACGGCGACGACGAGCAGCAGGCAGACAUGGCUUUCAUGCCCUACAUGCCCUUCGUCAGCCAGUACUGGCCCUUCAUCGCCGCCGGGCUCGUCUGCUACGUCGCCUCUCGCUUCCUCUACCAAUGGAACGCCUUCACGCGCGAGCAGCGCUCUAAGGACCAAGAGGCGGCGCGCGAGAGGGAGGGAGAGGGCUGCGGUGACGACGAGCUGUGCGCCGACGGCUGCGACGGGCCGACGAGCGCGCUGCCCUGGGACCUGCGCCACGUGCCGCUCAAGUUCACCCGGCUGCCCGUCGAGGAGACAAGCCGGCGCGCCGCCGAGUUCUACGAGCUGCUCAACAGGCGGCGCACCGUGCGCUUCUUCAGCGACGACCCCGUGCCCGCCGACGUCAUUCGCAACAUCGUUAGGGCGGCAGGCACAGCACCUAGUGGUGCUCACACUGAGCCUUGGACAUAUGUUGUAGUAUCAAAUCCUGAAGUCAAGCUGCAAAUCAGACAACUUGUGGAAGAAGAGGAAAAGAUAAAUUACACUAAAAGAAUGGGCGUUCAGUGGACAACUGAUUUAAAGCCACUCCGAACAAACUGGAUUAAAGAGUAUCUUACAACUGCUCCAUAUCUCAUCCUUGUAUUUAAGCAGCUCUAUAGCUUAAAGGAAGAUGGAACAAAAGUCAUACAUUAUUACAAUGAGAUGAGUGUUGCAAUGGCAGCAGGAAUACUCAUCACAGCUGUACAUUAUGCUGGGCUUGUAUCACUCACUAGCACACCACUCAACUGUGGACCAGCACUACGUAAACUGUUGGGACGGCCAGCAAAUGAGAAACUUACUCUCUUGCUGCCAGUUGGAUACCCUGCAGAUGAUGCUACUGUACCUGAUCUCAAACGCAAGCCACUAGAAGAUAUACUGAUUGAAAUAUAGGACACUAAGUAUUUCUGUGAGCUACUAUUUAGCUUACAAGGACACUGCCACAAUAAAGUGCAAUUUUUUUCUUUACUUUUCUAGAUUUAUGAAUACUUGUUAUACAUUAACAAUUCUGUGUAUCAUUUAUUGCACAAUUCUUGUGUGGAUUUGUACCAUAAAUACAGAAAACUUGUAACCUGUG